AUGAGAGAGAGAAGACGACAAGAGAAGCAACAUGGUAGACUACGCCAAUCAGCGGCACUUCGUUAGCAGUCGGCACUGCGCUACGAAUUUCUCAAAGGAGGCUGCCGCCAAUCUUCCGCAUCGCAACAACCAAAAAUGGGCUUCCAUUUUGGCCUCCAUCGCCACCGCCAACACAAACACACACACGCACGGCUGUGUGCGUUUCUUGCUCUGUCCCUACGAGUACGACUUGGCCAACUUGGUUGUCGUUGCUUUUCUGGGAGUGCUUAAAGAUUGGUUUUUUAUUUAUAUGGUGAGCUGAAUUUUGAGUUUUGAUUGCAUCGUUGGUCAACUUACUGCAGCAGGUAUAUUUGAGAAAUGAGUGCUUCUGAAAGAGAUGAGAUACCUAUGCUACCAAUUGCAAGCUUAAAGUCGGAUGCUGGGGAUGACUCCGGAAGUAGAGGCUUGUCAACCAGAACGAGGAGUGCAUCGAUGUCCAUCCCUUCAAACUCCAUGGAUUCUACAGAAUACGAGCCAAGUCUUGUGGGUUUCACCGGUCCUUUGAGAAAUGCAAGACGAGGUCCUGACACGCAGAUGAGCGGCCCUUUAUAUGCAAACCGCAACCAGGAGUUUGUCUUUCAGCCUCCUAAAGGUGCGCUACGCCAAAAAGCAACCGAGCCCAAAGUAGAUCGGACUGAAAAAAUUGGUUGGCCAGCAGAGGAUUAUAUGGGUAAAAACGAGCAUCUUUUGAGGUCAGGGCAGCUGGGGAUGUGCAACGAUCCAUACUGCACGACCUGCCCGAUGUAUUACAAUGUUAAGGGGCGACCCAAGCCUUCAAGAACAACGGAGAUAUUUGAUGCAAAGUUCCACAAUAUGUUACAUGGAGAUGGAAAAGGUUGGGCUAAGAGAAUGUGGUCCUUUCUGUUUCCGUAUAUUCCCGGAGUCAUGAACCCCCACACGCUAUUUGUUCAGCGGUGGAACCAGUUCUUCGUCAUUGCUUGCUCAUUUGCAGUUUUUUUGGACCCAAUGUUCUUCUUCCUGUUAACCGUGCAGAAGGAGAGCAAGUGCAUAAUACUAAAUGGGCCGAUGACAACAGCAUUGGUCGUCUUGAGGAGCAUGACUGACUUCAUUUACUUGCUCCAUAUCCUCCUUCAGUUCAGGCUAGCUUAUGUUGCUCCUGAGUCCAGAAGUGCUGGAUCUGGUGAUUUAGUCGAUGACCCUAAAAAGAUUGCCCGUAAUUAUCUCCGUGGAUACUUUGUUGUCGAUUUCUUCGUUGUACUGCCUCUGCCACAGAUUAUCAUAUUAUUGCUCGUACCUGGCUCAAUUGGAUCAUCUGGCGCUAAUUAUGCAAAAAAUCUUCUUCGAGCAGCAAUCCUCAUACAGUAUAUUCCGAGGCUGUGGAGAUUCUUACCUUUGGUUGCCGGUCCAUCUCCAACGGGCUUCAUCUUUGAAUCACCCUGGGCAAAUUUUGUCAUCAAUCUUCUUACCUUUGUUUUGGCAAGCCAUGUAGUCGGCUCGUGCUGGUAUCUCUUUGGCCUACAGAGGGUUAAUCAAUGUUUCCGAGACGCUUGUGGUAACAGCAACAUGACAAAAUCGGACUGUAUGAUGUUCAUCGACUGCGGACACGGAAAUGUUGCCGAGCGGUUCAAGAAUUAUAAUGAUUCAUGGACGAUUUGGAAGAACAAUGAGAAUGCAACUGCAUGUUUCGGGAAAGAUGGUUUUGACUACGGGAUUUAUGAGAAUGCUGUCAAUCUAACCACUUACAGAAGCUUAGUUAAAAGAUACGUGUACUCGUUGUUUUGGGGGUUCCAGCAAAUUAGUACCCUGGCGGGGAACCAAGUUCCGAGCUACUUCGAGUGGGAAGUUGUCUUCACCAUGUCGAUCAUAGGGAUCGGUCUCCUGCUUUUCGCUUGGCUUAUUGGAAAUAUGCAGAAUUUUCUGCAGGCUCUUGGACGCAGGAGGUUAGAAAUGUCUCUCAGGCGCCGUGAUGUCGAGCAGUGGAUGAGUCAUCGUCGAUUUCCUGAAAAACUACGGAGCCUAGUUCGAGAUUCGGAGCGCUUCACUUGGGCUGCAACGAGGGGCGUAAACGAAGAAACGCUGAUGGAAAACUUGCCGGAAGAUCUUCAACAAGAUAUAAGGCGCCAUCUCUUCAAGUUUGCCAAUAACGUCCGAAUCUUCCAACUACUGGACGAACCUAUCAUAGAUGCCAUACGCGAGAAGCUGAAGACGAAAACAUAUAUCAAAGGCAGUAACAUCAUGGUUCGUGGUGGCCUCAUUAACAAAAUGGUUUUCAUAAUUCGGGGAAAGAUGGUGAGCGAGGGAGAAGACGGGAUUCAAUCUUCCUUGUCCAAAGGGGAUGUCUGCGGAGAAGAACUUCUUACCUGGUGCCUCGAGCAUUCUUCGAUUAUUAAAGAUGGGAAACGAGGUAGGAUCCCGGGACAUAGAUUGUUGAGCAACAGGAAGGUAACGUGCUUGACAAACGUCGAAGCCUUCGUUCUGCGCGGUGCUGAUCUUGAAGAAGUGACGAGCCACUUCGCGAGAUUCUUGAGAAGUCCACGCGUCGAGGGUGCCAUUAGGUACGAGUCGCCCUACUGGCGCGGGCUUGCAGCCCGACGAAUCCAAGUGGCGUGGAGGUACCGAAAGAAGCGAAUAAAUCGCGCAGACUCCUCAAGCCCACCGCAUAACUAGGCACCACAUCCACGUUAUCAACGCUCCGCCCCUCUCCUCUCCUCUACGCAUCACGGCUGCGCUGCUGCACGAGCCGCUGCUCGGUCGACAUCGCGUGUACAGAUGAUGAUCCACACACAAUGGAGGUGUGUUGGUGGAGCAGAUGGUGAAGUAAUAUUGCUGGUAGAAUAUUAGUUUUGAGUUUUAUUGUUUGCAUUUAGUAGGCAGAGAAAUGUUUGCCAUUAUUUUGAGUAGUGAAUAAAUGUGUGAUCUGUUUUGGAGCCAAAAGGUGUUGGACCAAAGUUAGAGAUUGCAUUAUUGUAAUUAAAGAUGUGUUACAGAAUAGGUGAGAAUUGUAUUACUUGGACAGCUUGUCCUCAAAUUUAAGGUUGCAUGCUCUCUUUCAUCACCUGUCAAA